AUGGCCGAAUAUGACGUUGUUAUUGUUGGGGCUGGCAUAGCUGGGAGCGCCAUGGCACACGCUCUGGCCACAAUGGAAGCGGCUCGACCCCUUAAAAUCGCGCUGCUCGAACGUUCACUGGUCGAACCUGAUCGAAUAGUCGGAGAGCUCCUACAGCCUGGUGGAGUCGAGGCGCUUAAAAAACUGGGAUUGCAGGAAACGACGGAGGAUAUAGGUGCGAUACCCGUCCAUGGCUAUGCGGUGCUCAACGCAGGGACCACCGUACAUAUACCCUACCCUGGGACUGCUCAAGGUCGGAGCUUCCAUCAUGGCCGUUUUGUCAUGCAACUUCGUGAUGCUGCUGCAAAGCACCCAAAUGUCGAGAUGAUUGAGGCCACCGUCAGCGAACUUGUCGAAGAAAACGGCAAAGUCACAGGCGUCCGUGCUCGACGAAAGGACAAGGAAGACGAAACGUUCAGCGCUGGAUUGACCAUUGUCGCCGACGGAUGCUUCUCAAAAUUCCGAAACCGGGUCUUGAGGCCGGGUGCAAAGAGGCCCAAGACUAAAUCUCAUUUCGUUGGUGCAGUGCUCAAGGACGCGCGCUUACCCAUUCCUCAACAUGGGACAGUCGCAUUGACCGAGAACGGACCCGUCUUGUUGUACCAAAUCGAAGAGCAUGACACACGAAUGCUCGUUGAUGUCAAGGGGGAAACACUCCCUCGCGACCUUGCCGGAUACAUUCGCCAAAAUGUCAUCCCCGAACUCCCGCCCUCUCUUCGUUCUCCUGUCGAAGCCGCCAUCUCAUCCGAACGUCUACGCUCAAUGCCCAACUCACUUCUUUUCGCUGCCCAACAAGGCUCGUCUUCUCAUCCACCCGGUGUGCUUUUGCUAGGUGAUAGCUGGAAUAUGCGUCACCCGCUUACCGGAGGUGGAAUGACGGUUGCAUUGAACGAUGUGGUUAUUCUUCAGCGCCUUUUGAGCGAGUACCUCGCCAGCCGCGGGCCUGACAUCCACGAAGGAGUGAAGAGUACAUGGAGUGAAUGGGACGAGCUGGCUGGGAUUUUGAAAAAGUGGCACUGGGAACGCAAAUCUCUGGCAAGCACAGUAAAUAUCCUGAGUGUGGCCCUUUAUGACUUGUUCGGCGCCAAGGAUGAAAACUUGCAUGUUCUCCGAACGGGGUGCUUCAAGUACUUCCAACGUGGUGGAGAAUGCGUUAACGGUCCGGUAGGACUACUAUCUGCCCUUACACCUCGACUCGGUCUCUUGGCAUACCAUUUCUUCUCAGUUGCAUUUUAUUCUAUUUGGAUCCUCUUCACGCAACCCAAACCUAAACCAGUCCCUUAUCCCGAAGACGAAAGGUCAGGCACCACGACACCGGACAGCGGAGUCGAAGUGGAGAGUGACAGUAUUAUCCGACGACGCAAGACCUCUCAGACAUCUGGAGAACUCGUGCAGGCCGAAGAUGACCAAGCGCCCGGUCUGUCUGAUUACCCUCGACUAUUCAUUCAAAGUAUUGUUGUGUUUUGGACAGCAUGCGUCGUGUUUGGUCCACUCUUGUGGAGUGAGAUUAGGUGGUGGUAG